AUGAAAGCCAUCAGCCCGGUGCGGUCCGUCAGGAGCUGCUACGAAGCCGUGUGCUGCCUGUCGGACCAGAGCCUGGCCAUCGCCCGGGGCAGCCCCGGCAAGAGCCCGGCGCUGGAGGAGCCCAUGAGCCUGCUCUACGACAUGAACGAUUGCUACUCCAAGCUGCGCGAGCUGGUGCCGGGCAUCCCGCAGGGCACCAAGCUGAGCCAGGUGGAGAUCCUGCAGCACGUCAUCGACUACAUCUUCGACCUGCAGAUCGUGCUGGAGGAGCAGGCGAAGGGCCAGGACCCGGCCGCCGAGACCUCCCUCCUCUCCCUGACGGCCUCUGAACUGUGCUCGAAAGACGAGAGACGUUUGUGCCAUUAAUGUCUCUUCCCCCCUCCACCAGACUGCAGGUGUGGGAUCACAACGCUUGGCUCUCUCCAAGGGAGGAGGAGAAGAGACCUUGACUUGGAAAGGAUCAGACUUCAACCCUAUGCAUCCAAUAAUGGAGGGACCUCAGCCUUUAUCUUCCAGAUAUUGUGUCUGUGGAGCAUGUGGCACAAGGCAUUGGAUGCUUGGCUGGUUUUUCAGUACUGUUUCCGCUUCCCCACUCUGCUUCUCUUGCCUGAAAAUAAAUCUCAACAGGCCAGGAAAGACUUUGAUUCUGCCCCCUCCAUCCCCCAACUAAAUGGAUCCGAACUCUUGACUAUUUGAAUUUAACCGCCUCAUUGCACAAGGGCAAGAAAUGCUGGGAACUCCUGACUCCUUGAGCAUCAUCUGCACUGUAAGAUCAGUGUUUUAUGUUCUCGAAAUCCCAAGUGUGCUAGACUGGCUCCCCAGUCAUUAUAUAGAUCUCUUUAAAACGUGGCUGGCUAUAAAGGAGACCACAACAUGCUUUAAAAAGACUUGCAGAGAUGCAGUUGUAUGUAUAUUUUGGAUUAUAGUGUGAUUUAAAAAAAAAAAAAAAACUUAAAGGGGGCUGGGUAGAGGGUAAUACCAACAAGAAUUUCAAAACUGAGCUGUUCUGGGGCUGUGGCCUCAUGUUUAUUGUUGAACUCUAUAAUAGAGUAUAACGUUUGUACCUUUUUUGCAGGAAGGUGAAUUUCUGCGAUCAUGCAUUGUACUUGCUUUAUAAACUUUUUAUAAAAGUUAAAAGUUUUUACAUAAUAAAAUUUUAAGUUUGUUUUUUUUGAAUAAUCCUUCCCUUGCCCCAAAAUUCUGAAAGUCACAUCAGGGUUACUUCCUUGAAACUUGAAACUAGCUUUGGGGAGAGAAGUAACUUUACAAAAAGCAAUUGCAAUAAAAUUGAUCCAUCGCUGUAUUGAGUUU